UGACUCUCUGAUGUAUGCUCUCACUAGAUGGAAACAAACUGCAGAGGCUUUCCACUGUGUGUGCACACAAAGCUCCUCGUGGAAGUGCAGUGAUGGCUGUGAAGGGGAGAAGAAGAUCAGCAGCACAAGCUGUCAGUACCUACAAGGUGGAUGGAGAGGAAGCAACCCCAGGCAGUUGCAUGCAGCUUGAACCAAGGGGACCAUGGCUUCAUCUGAAGGAUGGUCCAUGAAGACAUGUUGUUUGGAUCAUUUCCAUGGCUGAAAAAUUUGUCUUUGCAGAUGAACCUCAACACGUCAAGGCCCACUGCAAACGGAACAGGUGUGGAAGAAUUCAUCCUUCUUGGCUUCCCGGGCAUGUGGCAUUCCCGGAUCUCCCUUGUGGUGGCAUUUGCACUGAUGUACUGCCUGACAGUAAUAGGCAAUGCAUCCAUCAUAGCCCUCAUCUGGAUGAACAGUAACCUCCAUACCCCAAUGUACUUUUUCCUCUGUAAUCUCUCCUUUCUGGAGAUCUGGUACACUACGGGUGCUGUUCCCAAAGCCAUAGGAGUCAUGCUGGGGAGUAGCCAGACUAUCUCCUUCAGUGCUUGCAUCCUCCAGCUGUUGUUUCUUCUCUCUCUAGGCUCCACUGAGUGUUUUCUCCUGUCUGUGAUGGCAUAUGAUCGCUAUUUAGCCAUAUGCUACCCCUUGAGAUACAGCUCCCUCAUGAACAGCGUCCUCUCUACUCGGCUGGCACUCAGCUCCUGGCUGGGAGGCUUUCUGGCCAUCUCAGUGCUGGCCUUUCUGACAUCCAGGCUGACAUUCUGUGGGCCAAAUGUCAUCAAUCAUUUCCUCUGUGAUAUAGAUUCCUGCCUUGCCCUCUCCUGCAGUGACACAUGGCCCGUGGAGCUGGCAACCUUCCUUGUCUCCUUAAUUGUUGUGGUGGCCUCCUGUGUGGUCACCCUGGUCUCCUACAUAUACAUCAUCUCCUCCAUCCUGAGGAUCCACUCAGCCCAUGGCCGGAAAAAGGCCUUUUCCACUUGCUCUGCCCAUCUCAGUGUCGUCAUGAUCUGGUAUGGCUCCACCAUGUUCCUGUACGUCAAGCCAUCAGCCCAGAAAUCCCUGGAUCUGAACAAACUCGUGAAUACUUUCAACACAGUUGUAACCCCUUUGUUGAACCCCUUCAUUUACACACUCAGGAACAAAGAAGUGAAGCAAGCUCUGGGUCGGGCUUUCCAGAAGAAAUGA